UUAUAGUUGUUGUAGUUCUCGUAUUUUGUAUUUCUUGUAUUUUUUUUUUUUGUUGGCUCGUGUCGUGUUUUUGGCAAUUGGUUUAAAUUUGUGCGCCCUGUUGUUGUUUUUUUUUUUAAAUGUUAUAUUAGUGCUUAUUUUAGCGGUUGACCGUUGGCACGUAUUAACCACGAGGGCAACGCAUUUGAUACUGAAACCGAAUUGUUGUAAACAAACUAAUUCAACCCCUCGCAUUGGUGAAGUGUUGUGCGCCCCACUCAAUUUGCCGUUAUUUGGGCAUUUGAAACACACUCAAACUGGCGACACGGACAACCCCAAAAGUGCGAUAGAAACAUCACAGGGCGCGGGCUCAGAAAAUGUUGCGUUGCGAUGCGAUGCGAUGUGACGCGGAGAGCAAAAAAGUGCUAAAAGCUGAGCGAGCUUUUAACUUUUCACUCGAAAGCGGAGCGCGACCGAUAAUAGCUGAGGGCCGUUGAUAAGAAAUUGCUUGAGUGCAUUUUCAAAGAAAUAGAACCGGCUAUGUUUGCUGGCACCUGUGAAUUGAAUUUGUAACGUUUUUGGCGCCAUUGAAUCACAGUGUUGGCAAAUGCGCUCUGCAAUUGCCAUGCAGACUUUGCAGUAUUGAUUAGCACUGGUUCAAAUUUUAGAUGCACGGCAAACGUGAAAACGUUAAAAAUAAAAUCGCGUAUAACUGAAUGAAAAUAAUAAUUGAAAAGUAGCUGUGCAGUAAGGCAUAAUGCACGGAACAUACGUAGGCGAACAGCCAACAGAUUUUCAGGCAGCCACAGCUGCAGCAGCGGCGGCAGCAGUAGCAGCCGCAGCAGCAGCGGCCGCUUCAGCCUCAGCGAUGCGAACAACAGCUGAGCAGAGGGAAAUGGAGAGGGAAAGGGAAUCGAAUAGCAAUGAACCCGAUGAGUGGAGUUUGAGCGAAUGUGGAUUUGCUGAUAAUGAUGUGCAGCGAGCGAUACGAGGCGGCAGCGCUGCCGAGGAUAUUACACAAUAUCCAAUACAUGGCUGGGUGGAUGUCACACAGGAGUUUCACGAUGCCUGCGCCGAGCUGCUGCCCGGCGAACUUGCCCAGGAUAUGCUCUUUGGCCUGUUCGAGGCCAUGUCAGCCAUUGAAAUAAUGGAUCCGAAAAUGGAUGUGGGCAUGGGCUUUGAUAAGUUCGAUUUGCCGCCGCCAUCCUUUGAGGCGGCCGUUGCGAUGGGCGCCAUUAAGCUGGACGGACUGGAGCCAGCGGAACUGAUUGGCAUCUUUGAUGCUCUGUUUGCCUGCCUGGUGUCGUGGCUGGAGGGCAACUCAAUGGAUCAAGUGCUAUUCACCUGCCUCUAUUUGCAUGCACCCUCACAGAUUCAGGACAAGCCGCUGCGCUGCUUUUGCAUCGCUGUGCGCAAUCUCAUUGUGGUAAUUAAGAACAUCAUCAUCUUGGCGGCAGUCAACGAGGAGGAGGAUUUUCAAUUGUAUGGCAAUUCGGCGUUAUUGGGUGCGGAGAAGGCACAGCCCUCAACCAUAGCUGGUCUCUUGAAGGAUGUGGAGGAUGAGCUGGUGCGCAAGUGCAAACAGUUGCCAGAAGCAGCGGAGAAUCAAUGUCUGAUGGCUGUCGUCCACAGAUUGCGCUUCAUGCGCCACCUCUUUCAGGCCAUUUACCAAGUGGAGCUCAUGGUGGGCGCCUCGAGCGCCGAGGAGGCGGUCAAUGAGAUAUACAAGAAUCUCAAUGUGGCCUCCGAGCUGUUACCGCUAAUCAAACGCACCAUUGAUCGGGGCACACAGCCUGUCGAGGGUUCUGAGGCACCCAAUCCCAUGGGCUUCUCGCCGCGCAUUCAUGACCGAAGUCAACCACCCACAUUUCCGCGCAGCAUUAAGAUCCGCGAGCGACCCGCCAGCUAUCAAUUUUUAGAGGAGAUGGUGGCUCGUUUCAAGUACGCUUGCAAGGUGAUACGCUACAAGGAUUACUACUCGGCGCUGAACUUCUUCAUCGAAUAUAGUCGCAAGUCCGGACAUUGCAUCCUCUCCCGCAGCGUGCUGCAAAGUCUCUUCAGCUCGAGCAUUCGCCUCGCGCAUGGCAAACAAUCGAUGAAACAGUUUUUGCGUCAUUCGGUGAUGGUUUUCAAUUCGCCACCGGUGCUAAAUCCCAAACAUCCGGUGUCGAGUGAUCCGAAGGUUGUGCAGCAUCUGGAAACGUUCUUUCGCUAUUGCAUCAAUAUGAAUACGUUCAAUCAGUUUAUACGCUUGUGCGGAUUCAAUCGUGCCCGGCAGCGCGACAAGCUGGCGCAUCUUAUUGAAAACUUUGAUCCGCUCCAAGUGGAUGCGGCUCGUCUCGACUCGCUGAUGAAUCAGCUGGCCAAUGAGCGUGCCAUGGAAGGAAACGAGUCGCAUGCGACGGCGCUGAAGCACAGCACGUACUUCUCCACCUGGGUGCUGUACAAUUGCUUCCGCGCCAUGCUCAUCUAUCUGAUGUCCGGUUUCGAGCUGGAACUGUAUGCUGUCCACGAGUUCCUCUAUAUCUAUUGGUAUCCCUAUGAGUUCCUUGUCGGAUUUCUGGUGUCGGCGUUAACGCGCACAGAGAAUCUAUUGUUGGCCCAGGAGGAGUAUGCCGAGCAUCAGAGCAGGAUUCAGUCGAACAGCGGCGGAGGCGGCUCUGGUAGCAAGAAUCGCAAGGCCGCCAAGCCGAAGAAGAAUAAGAAACAACAGCGUCCGUAUCGCCAAGAGAUCGUCUACUAUCGCGCCCUGCUCAGCCUGUGCGGUGGCAUGUAUAAGGCGAUGGGCGCCUUAACCAAAGAUGGACGCGUGCGUCUGCCCAUGUCCAAGUUUGAUAACGAGGAAAUUCGCUACAAUCGACGCUUCUCGCCAUUUGUGCCACUGACCAGCCCUCCACCGGUGUCCUAUGCCGAAUUCCGGAACAUACGCGAUCACAUGAUGCAGAACAGCGCCGAGGAUCUGUACAGUUAUGCGGCCAAGUAUUUCGAUCAGGCACGCAAUGUCCUCGAGAGCAUACAGAAUCCUGAACAGGAGAUACUGGACCUGUUGCAGAUUGCGCGCACCAAUUUCGUGGUGAUGAAUGUGCUUGGGCGUGGCCAUCAGAAGGAGGUGAAACGUCAGCCAGAAUUUGAUUUCUCCAAGCAUAGCUAUUUUCCCAUUAUCAAAAUUAAAUGACCCCUUUUAUGCUGAGAUCAACCCCAAUCCUUGUCGUAGCUUGUCUCUAUAUAUAUAUAUAUAUUCUUUAUCUAAUUUGUUUCGGCAAUUGCAAAUAAAAUUGGUUAACUUAUGUGUGAAAA